UUUGUCAGUCAGUUGAACAUCCAUCACCAUGGGUCCGGUGUCCUCUGUGACAACAUUCCUGGUCUGGUGGGUCGCCAGAGGAAGCUAUGUCGUCACCACCCCGACGUCAUGGUGUCCCUAGGGGAAGGGGCCAGGCUGGGCGUUGAGGAGUGCCAAUAUCACUUCCGGGACCAGCGCUGGAACUGCUCCACCAUGAGCCGAGACACUUCCUUGUUUGGCAAGAUGAUGCUUAGAGGUAAACACCGUAAUGGCUAUGGUGGUGUUUUUGGAGUGUCUGUGUUGCUUUAUUCAAUGUAAAUCCGCAUUUCUUUUCCAUCGUGGGGACACUUGACAUAGGGUUUUAUUGAAGAUUUGUUAUUUAUUUUUUUAUUUUUUAACGUGUUUUUGCAGCAAUAAAAUUUUGUUUAUUUUUUAUUGGGCCAUGAAGCGUCCAAUCAGAACAGUGGGAAGAAUUAGCUUAAGUUUAAAGAAAGGUCCAAAUGUUAAGUACUCCACUUUAUCAGCAGCACCGAAAAUCAGCAAACUCCAGAUGAAAAAAAAAAAAAACACCAACAAAAAAAACCAAACCAACAACUAAACAUUUCAAUUUCGACUUGUUAAAUAGAAUGUCUUCCCAAAGUAGACAGAAGCGUCCAAUCAGAACAGUGGGAAGAAUUAGCUUAAGUUUAAAGAAAGGUCCAAAUGUUAAGUACUCCACUUUAUCAGCAGCACCGAAAAUCAGCAAACUCCAGAUGAAAAAAAAAAAAAAACACCAACAAAAAAAACCAAACCAACAACUAAACAUUUCAAUUUCGACUUGUUAAAUAGAAUGUCUUCCCAAAGUAGACCAUUAUUUGUUUUUAUUUGUUUUGAAUCUUUAAGCAAUUUUUCAUUAAUACAAAACAAUAUUUUAAAAAUUAUGAUAUUUAUAUUUAAACAGUGGCAUUUUGAAAAAGGACAAUGUUUUUGGUUCUUUUUGAUUAAAAGAAUUGUAUGAUACUUGAGAUGAUACUUGGGUGUAUAAUCUUUUAAAUGUGACGAAUCCUUCCUUCCUCUCUUACCACAGGAAGCAGGGAAGCUGCUUUUAUUUACGCCAUUACGUCUGCUGGGGUCGUCCACGCAAUCACCAGGGCGUGUAGCAGGGGUCAGCUCAGUAACUGCGCCUGCGAUCCCACCAAAAAGGGGUCCAGCAGAGAUAAGAGAGGGGUCUUCGACUGGGGAGGCUGCUCGGACAACGUCCAGUACGGGACGACCUUCACCCGGAUGUUCAUCGACGCGCGGGAAGGGAAGCAGAGGGACGGACGGGCUCUGAUGAACCUCCACAACAACCGGGCCGGCAGGAGGGUGAGUCAGUCGCGAGGCAGAAUAGGAAAUGGUGUCCUGAAGGUGACAGAAGUGGAAAGAGGGAUACGUGGGUUGGGGUUGAAGAUAGGCAGGUUGGUCGUUUGAGACGAGUGAUUGGUGGGUGGGGGUGGGUGGAGAAUUUGUGUAUGGGUUGCUGGGAGGGUGUGUCUGGUUGCUGGAUGAUCUGCUUGUGCGCUAGUGGGAAAAUUGUUUGUUGGGUUUGCGAGGGAGCCACGAUGACUAGAUGGUGCCAGAGGCAAAUACCAAAGAACAAUUAUUCUCUCUGUCGGCUGCUACGGUAGAAGCUGUUUUAGAGGUCUGUUUUUUUUUUUCUGUUUUGCAGAACUUUUCUGUUAUCAUGCUACAAAUAUGCCUGUGCCUUUCACGGGUUUUUUCACCAUGGGUUUGCUAUUUAGUCCUGUCAUGGGCAGUAAUCUUGGUGACAUUCAAACGUGUACAAAUGUGAACAUAUCAUAAUUGGCUAAUUUUUGUACUCUGUUUUUCAAACAUGAUGCAAGUACUUUAUUAUUAUUAUUUUUUUAUUUAAAAAAAAAUUUUUUUGGUGUCAGGCUGUCAAAAAAUUCAGGAGGUUAGAGUGCAAGUGUCACGGGGUCAGCGGCUCCUGCACAAUACGCACGUGCUGGCUGGCCAUGCAGGAGUUUCGUCUCGUCGGCUCCCACCUCAAGACUCGAUACAACGGUGCCACUCAGGUGAUGAUGGAGCAGAACGGGGCGAGUCUGAUCGUGGCCAACAAGUACCACAAGAAACCGACCCGGUCUGAUCUGGUUUACCUCGAGGCUUCCCCGGACUACUGUCUCGAGAACCCGGAAGUCGGUAUGUAGCUCAUAAUGGUCGUCAUCUUAAUACAUCAAUAAACACGUAUGUUAUAAGGCCUCGUUUCUUCAUUGGCACGCCCAUGGCCAUCUAACGUCAUUCAUUUUCUUAAUAGACAGUAGACUUAUACUUGGACAGGUGUCAGUCAUUUUCUACGACACUCUUCGAACAUUCACCGGUCAAAGAACAAAUCGAUCUGAUAUUCCACAGUUGUUUCAGUUCGACCUAAAUUUGGAUGAUCAGAAUGUUCAAUGAUCGUGGGACCUCAAAAUAUACGUCCGGUUUUGGGGGUGGGGGGUGGGGGGGGGGGUUAGAACUUCGUGAGCUUGGUUAUAACAUGUUAUAGUAUAAAAAAUAAAAAAUUUGAUAAACAUUGGUUAUGUGCCGGGCAUCGAAUAUCUAAGAGUUCAACAACAACAAAAAAUUGGUCCUAUUAAAUCUCGCUUUUAGAAUGGUUGGAUACGUUUAACAAAACACAACACAUUUCGCAUUAAUAAUAAAUUGUCUUUUUCGAAAGAGACCAAAAUAGAUGAGGCAUAGGGCGAAACGGGAAGACAACAGGGCCAUAACAGUUACCCGCGUGUGUCCCGCCUAAACAUAAGUCGACACGCGCCGAGAUCAGUCAUUUACGACAUCCUUCCCAAUACGUCUUCCAGAGUGAAGUUUUGGCAGCGGCGCUGACGUUUUCAUUAUUUACCGGGACGUCCGCUGACACACGGGCUCCCACACCACUAACAGGGCCUGGGAACCCAGGACCGCGAUCACAAAUAUCUCCAUCUCGUAAUGUUAAUAUUUGGCGGCUUGUCCUACUUGGCGCAACAGCCACCCCUCCCCCCCACCCCCGAUCCGUGUUGAAAAAUGCAGAGGGCAGGGGGGGGGGCUGGUUUCAUAUCAGCGGCGGAGCUGUUAGGAUUUAGGGCCUGAAAAUAAAGGCCCUUUUCUCUUUAUGAAUUGACCUAUGAUGAUUUAUAAAAAGAUAAAUCAUGUACGACAUGUAUAAAACAUGUGUACAGGUCUCUGGGCGUCUUUGAAUAUUCUUUUUGGAUCUCUCCGAAAGAUAGCCAAAAGUCAAAAGCACGUGUUAAAAUAAGAUAUAACUGAGCUAUUCAUUAGGCAAGCCUGGGCUUAGGUGGAGGAAUGAUGUGGAGAAGUAUCUAGAGCAGUUGGGAAUACAAGGAAAAGCAUCAGUUAGGCCUGAGUGGAAGGAAGUCGUGAGGCAGGCCAAAGCCGUACAUAGGCUGUAGCGCCACAGGGAUGGAUGGUCAAGGUGGAAGGAAGUCGUGAGGCCGGCCAAAGCCGUACAUAGGCUGUAGCGCCACAGAGAUGGAUGGUCAAGGUGGAAGGAAGUCGUGAGGCAGGCCAAAGCCCUACAUAGGCUGUCUGUAGCGCCACAAAGAUGGAUGUUAAUUAGUGGUUUUUUUCAACAAAAAAAAAUGUUGAAACUGUUCCAAAGCUAUAACUUUGUAUACUUUUAAUAAAUCAUCAUCCUCACGCAGGGAUCCCUUUUAAAAGAGGGGGGGGGGUGGCAAAUAAAUACGAUUAUAAAAACAGAAUCAUUGACAUUUAAGUUGUGAAACAAAGACUUUUAUUUAUAUUUUUUUCUUUCAAUAAUGUUUUAUUUCUUUUGUUCUCUUUUUUUUUUUUUUUUUUGUUUGAAUUAGGUUUAUUUUUUUUAGGUUUAAUUUUUAAAUGCAUUAUUACUUGUGUUGUGGAUACGAUACUUAGUUGUUGUUUUUUUUUUAAAUGAUAUGAAUGUAAAAUAAAUAAAGGGUUAGGAAUCCUUUUCCUAAAGUUUAAUAAAAUUUCAACAUGUAAGAAAGUUUAAGCCACCCCCUUGCCCAUCCCAGCNUCAGUGUUGCAUUUACGCCAAUGUUCUGACAUAUUUCCAUCAAACCUGAGUUUUUUUUCGGCCGCCCCAACAGACUCUAUCAUUUCCGAUGUGGCCCCCCCCCUUCCCCCCCCCCCAUUCACCUUAUUUUUACAUCGUGCCCACCUAAUUGUCUUCUUGUUUAUGGUGAGUCUGGCAAGACAAGCCAUUGACACCUGGCCAUAGAAAAAAUUGGUCUGGUCCAUGACAUGCAUUUACCACGAUCAUCAGGUAGCUGUCAGCCGGACAAUGACACUGGCUGGAUGCGCGCAAAUUGACCAUUCACCGUGGGUUUCCGUCGGAUAAUGUUGGUUAUUCCCCCCCAAUUGUUUGACAUUUUUUUAAUCCCCAACACUAUGAACUCCCCCCAUCGUUCUUCUCCACACCUACUCGGGAAUCUCGCAACCCCCUCCGUACGGCAGUUAGACGAAGCCAUCGCUCUACGCAUGCCGCUUUUGUGUGUGUGUUAGGUGUGGCCUGCACCGAUGUCAAACAAUUCUCCGUCCCGGCUCCUUGGUGUUUUUAAACAAUGGUCUUGCCAAAACAGCCCCCAAAUGCGAGUAACAAAAGCUGACAUUUUGUGCACUGACAUCCCCACCUGCGCCCAGACCAGCGUGCACUUUGCUGAGAUGGGGGAGGAGGGUUGGAAUGUAUGGGCCGUGCGGGGGGGGGGGGGGGGGGCAGAGGGGUUGCGUGGUUGAGUCGUGAUGGAAGAUGAUGGGUGAAUAACUAUUACUCGUACAUGUUUUGAUGGGGGUAGAUGCCACUAUUGGGUUGCUAUGAGAAUAACAUGAAUGACAAAUUCUUUAAAGAUAUUUUGAGGAAAUACAAGUAGCGUUGAAAUACUUAUUGAUACACGACGAACAGAUAUUCGAAAAUACAAACUAUAUUGUGUGUGUGUAUGCGAUCAGUACGGCUUGAUUCGGAAAACUGGACGUGAACAGUUUUUUAAACGCAUGAUAUUCCUAACGUAAAAUUUGUCCAUGACGUAAUUUUAUUUAAAGAUUUAAAAAACAGCACGGGGUGGUAAAUUUGAUUCUAUAAUGGUGCUUCCAUUUGUAUUUGCAUAUGUUUGAUAUUCCUAUCUCUGCGUAUGUUCAAAUGUCUCAGUUUCCCAUCAUCAGUUGUAGACUAUGCUAUUGGCAGAAGACUGAGAAUAUAAAAACGUUAAGACUGCAAUACUAUAAUGUUAUGCGAUGUUUGAAAACGUCCACAUGGGGUAACACAACACAAAGGGCUUCAAUAAUUUCGUCUGCGUCUUUUUUCAUGUAAUACAUUAUUUUAUGACAUGGGGGGGGGGGGGGGGGGGGGAAUGUUUUUUUUUUUUUUUUUUAAUUCCAUAACUUUGAGGGUUUCAAUGCACUUACUUAUUAUGCAGACACGGAAAGGAAAUCCCCUUAUUUAAGAAGAAGAAAUGAGAGACGUAAGUGGACGACACUGGCCAGCCUUUUAAACAAAAUUGAAUUGUUAGGGUCUAAUCGGAUUACAGUGGGAUGAGACUAGGGGGGACGGGUGGUGACCCGUGCGUGGUGUUUAGUUUAUGGUUCACACAUCACUGCACAUAGUUUGCGACGUAGGAAUGCAUGCCACACUUCGGAAUUUUAACUUGGACGGGACUGCAUAACAUGUGACUUUUCUCAAGGGUUAUACAUAGGCAAACAAAAUGGGCAAGAACAUUUUGAAAGUAUUUUUUAUUUUACUUCAUAAUGUGUCUUUGAUAAUAGUUUAUGUUAGCUUCGCUUUUGUUCAUGCGCUUGUCUCUGGCCGGGUGUUUGACAAAAUCUUCGGACGACAAAUUGACCCACUUCCCGUCAACCUAUCGAGCCGAAACACUGCACAUAGCCGAUGGCAUCACAUUCUAUCAAAUUUUCAGCUCCACCCACAAACAUCCAAAAAUAAAUGUUACCUUUUUUUCCCAGGGGAAGAUGAAAUAAAUAUGAUACCACUGAUUUCACGAAAUUAAAUUUCCGAUAACUGCGCUAAAUGAGAUUAUUAUUUUUUUUUUAAAUAUCGCAAGUGCGUUUGGUGAGUAAUAUUUUCUUUUGUUUUUCUGAAUAUAAUUGGUGAAAUUAAUCUGCGGUGUAAAAGCGGGAGUUGAUUUAGAAUAUUAAUAUAUAAUAAACAUAAUUUAAAAAUGCAUGUACAUUAAUCGACGCAACAAACCUUUGACUUGGAACGAGCAUGUCAUGAACUCCGAAUGUGAUCUGUAGUUUUUGUUACAGCACAUCGGUGGCUUUUGUUACAGCACAUCGGUGGCUUUUGUUACAGCACAUCGGUGGCUUUGGUUACAGCACAUCGGUGGCUUUUGUUACAGCAGAUCUGUGGCUUCUGUUACAGCAGAUCUGUGGCUUUUGUUACAGCACAUCGGUGGCUUUUGUUACAGCACAUCGGUGGCUUUUGUUACAGCACAUCUGUGGCUUUUGUUACAGCACAUCUGUGGCUUUUGUUACAGCACAUCUGUGGCUUUUGUUACAGCACAUCUGUGGCUUUUGUUACAGCACAUCGGUGGCUUUUGUUACAGCACAUCUGUGGCUUUUGUUACAGCACAUUGGUGGCAUUUGUUACAGCACAUCUGUGGCUAUUGUUAAUGCACAUCUGUGGCUUUUGUUACAGCUCAUCUGUGGCUAUUGUUACUGCACAUCUAUGGCUAUUGUUAAUGCACAUCUGUGGCUUUUGUUAAAGCUCAUCUGUGGCUAUUGUUAAUGCACAUCUGUGGCUAUUGUUAAUGCACAUAUGUGGCUUUUGUUACAGCACAUCGGUGGCUUUUGUUACAGCACAUUGGUGGCUUUUGUUACAGCACAUCUGUGGCUUUUGUUACAGCACAUCUGUGGCUUUUGUUACAUCACAUCGGUGGCUUUUGUUACAGCACAUUGGUGGCUUUUGUUACAGCACAUCUGUGGCUUUUGUUACUGCACAUCUGUUGCUUUUGUUACAGCACAUCUGUUGCUUUUGUUACAGCACAUCUGUGUCUUUUGUUACAGCACAUCUGUGUCUUUUGUUACAGCACAUCUGUUGCUUUUGUUACAGCACAUCUGUGGCUUUUGUUACAGCACAUCGGUGGCUUUUGUCACAGCACAUCUGUGGCUUUUUGCUACGCACAUCAUACAAGAAUAAGAAACAGGAGGAUUCUCUCCUUAACACUCAAUUAUUUUUCUCGAUGACAGAUGGUUUCAGAAAAAAGAACGUUUAUUCUUUCCGUCAGACCUUACAGAAAAGCAACGGAGAAAUAUCUAGUCAAAAUCGAAAGUGUCUAGAACGAUCCUCUCACUAAAUGUAAUCAGGAUCUGGCAGAAAUCACAACCCAAAUGUUUUUUUUCUUUUUUUUUUUUUUUUUCUUCAGAGUGUUUUUUGGAUGUCAGGCAAAAUAAAAAUCUAAUUCUAUACUGGUUGAGAAGUCCCGGGGCCGGAAAGGGGCGCAACUGUUGUUUUUUUGGAAACGGUCGUAAUCUAGUCAAGAUGAAAUGUUAUUGAACACACAUUUAAAUGUCACUAUUAGUUUUCUUCAUUUGGAUGUUAAAAGAGGGUACCAAAAAAAAAAAACCAAAAAAAAAAACAGAAAAACAAACAGGUAGAACGCGAGCCUAAAAGNGGGGGGGGGGGGGGGGGGGGGGGCAGGAUGAAAACGAGGUACAAGUUUUAUUGUUGACAAAUGCGUCUGCGUCAUCGUAACUCUCCGCAUCAUGGCAGAACCCCCCCUCCACCCACCCAGACCCAACGCUUCACAGCAAUUCUAGAAGCGAUUCAAUCAACAGAGACGCUCUGCUGUUAGCUAAAUAAUCAUGCCAGUCUGAGGAGUGACCAUCUCACAGUUGCAGAAGUAAAAGGAUGAGGUGGGGUAGGGGUGGGGGUUGGGUGGAGGUUGGGAGGGGGGAGAAUACGUCAUCUGUAAAUAGUUGUAAACCUUUCAAAAAAAGAAAGUGGUAUCUUAUGGUAAGUCAGAUGUCAUAGAAGUUUAAAUAAAAAGUGUUGCCAAUAGACUUGAUUGUCUUGACAGGAAAGGUGGUUGGUGUUACUAAUAGGUGAAUUACUACACUGACACGUGGUGGGUGUCACUUAUAGGUGUACGGCUAACCUUUAAGAUGGUCGGUGUCACUAAUAGGUGAACGACUGACCUGACAGGUGGUUGGUGUCACUGAUAAGUGAACGACUGACCUGACAGGUUAAUGGAUACGAGAAGCCGGUAAAUGAUAUCAAAACACAGGAUGUGACACGGAUCAUCGAGAUUGUUCGUAUGCGGCCUUUUGGUUAACCAGAGAUUGAGAACCUUUCUUAAAAGAAAAAAGAACAAAAAACUUCUUUCUAAAGAAUGUGGUUACAAAUAUUUGAUCCAAUAAUUCGAUGAACGAUAUAGGAAUAGGAUACAUUCCUACAAUCUAAAUAAUAUUUGAAGUUCCAAUUAUUCUUUUUAACGAUUUUAUCUGUGCUCUCAUUUCCAUUUUUUUGUUUUGUUUUUUUUCCCAGCGAAUCUUUUUUUUGCACACACGUGACUCUAUCGCUCAGUUGAUCAUAGUUUAUCGCGCCUGCUUCUUUCAGUGAACGGCGGGAGAAGGGUGGGCAAGAGGGAGCGGGCGAUACUUCGUGGACGGUGGCGGGUAGACAUUGUCGCUCAAAUUGUCGUGGUUGACCGCGUCUGCUGCGUUGAGUGAACGGGUGGUUAAGCGGUUGAGCGGAAAAAUCAUAGUGAAAAAAAUAAGACAUGGGGGAAAAAAAAGUCAUACGUUUUGCUAGGAUUACAGUCAUAGGACAUUAAGUCACGUGAAAAAAAAUGAAUAGGACAAAAAUUCACUAAAAAAACAAUCACAAAAAAACCAACUUGUUACUUUUGACAAUAAAAUUAUGAAUUACUUUUAAUAAAAACUUUUCGGUGACAUUUUUCCUGUGACUUUUGUGCCUGCAAUGAGGUAGGGAAACUCAGAGCUGCUCUUUAGUCUUAUGGCCAGAUAAAGUUUUAAGUCGUUUUAACCAGGAUUUUUGUAAGCAUUUGAUGUUAAAAGAGUAAAUAAUUCUACUUAUGGUGAUUAUUUAAAGAUGACAAUUUCCACACUAAAAAAUUAAGAAUUUAAAAAAUAUUAAAAUUUAAAAAAAAUAAAAAAAAAAACUUUUCUAUCAAAAACGAGUUUAAACACGCUAGAAAUUAGAAAAUUGUUUAAAAUUUAUUAAAAUGCAUUACGCAAAGAAAGUUUGUAAAGCAAAUAUUUUCAAAACGUUCAAGUUUCGUCUACAUUCACUUCGAAUCCUUUGGCUGCAUUAGGAGCUCAUCUACACUUUUGGACAGUCCUUCUUUGGCUGCAUAAGGAGCUAAUCUACACUUCUGCGCAGUCUUUUUUGAGCAAAUGUAUUUAAGAAAUUGUAAAUUAUUUUAUACUUUUAUGUUUAUGCCUUUAAACUCGUCUUUAAAUGCAAUUUUUUCUCAAAAUAAGUUAUAUUAAUAGAUUUUGUUUUAUAUCUAAGGACUUCACUGGUCGCAUAAUUUUCUGUUGUCCUGUAACCCUUUCGCUCUGUCGAUUCAGUCUUCCUCGUGCUGACUUGUAAGGUCGCAUCUGAGUUAAUGACACAGACUUUCAUCUCUGGUAUGCUUGGUGGGUCAAAAAAAAGGGGGAGCAGGGUAGUGAGGAAUGGGGAACAUAAGAAAGUGUGAAAACAACAGCAAACGCCCCCCCCCCUUUCCGUACAAGAACCAGCGCCCUCCCCGUACAAUAACCAGCGGUUUUGAUAUGGGAUGGCGCCAAGUGUUGGUGCAGGGAUUUUCGGCAAUUAGGGGACUCUCAUCAUCAGACGGCAAACAGUCGCUUGGUUCUAGUGUACAGUUUCAUGCCUGGGUAAUGAGCAACUGAAACUACCCGGGAUUUUGUAAUAAUUUAUUAUUUUUAAAUUGGAAUCCUUUUUUGAUUAUAAAAAUAAAAAAUCUCUCUCAAAACAUGAAAAUUGCACUUCUUGUAGUACAUCUUUUGACCCAUUACACCAUUUUUAAUCAAAUUGAAUUUUUUGUUUAUGUUUCAUUGGUCAAAAUUAUAAAUGUUGCUUUUCAUAAUUUUUAAAGAGUUACGCAUUAUUAUUGUAUCGUCAUGAGUGCCGUGGCUUUUACUUUUUUUUACAGGUGUGCCAAAAUAACAUAAUUUUGUUUCUUGCUGUAUGCCAAUGCAGUUUAAUUUCUUUACAUCCCAUGCAAAGAAUAAAAGUUCUUUAAAAAAAGUUUUCGUGUUAGAAAUAGUAUUCCAUCCGUUUCCUGCCUCCAACAACCCUAGCGUUGCGCACGAAUUAUUCCAUACCGGGUCCCUGAUUUCCCCCCCCCCCCUUUCUACGCUCUAAUCCUAUAACUCCAAUAAGCGAGAGAAUGACAGCACCCAGGGCGUGGAGACCGAGAAAGUUGAUACUAGUAAACAAACGGGACAAUACCAGCAGGGGAAACGCCGGGACGUUUGCUCCCCGUGUGGCCGUCGGCGUGAAAUGGAGGCCAAUGGGGUGAAUUAAUUGGCGCGUUGUCAUCUUGAAAGCUGGCCGGUGAGCGAAAAGACGUCAUGGCGGACUCUCCGGCCGGAGGUGCCGUUGACACGAAGAAGAGAGGGGACAAAGCGGAUUAAAAUUUCUAAUUUAAAAAAAAAAAAAAAUUUUUGUCAGUUUCGAAUCUGAAUUUAGAGGUUAGGGUCGCACGCCUGCGAAUAAAGGGAGGUAAUGUAUCACGUGACAAAAGAAAUAUGUUGUUCUUGGAUUAUCUCCGUUUCCGGUCCUAGAUGCCAAUAGUUGUUUACAGUGGGUGUCAAAUCUGUAUGCAAUCCACGACUACGAAAUCGGCCCGUGCAAAUAUUUAAGAUUUUCUUGCCUUAAAAAAUAAAUAUAUAUAUAUAUAUAUUUUUAAAGUUAAAAUAAUUGUGUUCUAGCAAAUUAAGUAUGGGAGUUUUAAAUCUUGAACGGAGGAAAUGUCUUUUCUGUCCCAUUAAAUUUGAGAAAUGAAGUCUUGCAUUGAUUAAAAUGUUUAAAAAUAAAAUCAAUAGUACAACAAGUUAUGUUUAUGCGUGAAAAAAGACUUAUAAAUGUUAAAAAUUGUUUUUUUAAAGUUAUUUAACAGAUAUAUAUAUAUGUAUAAUUUUUGGGGAAGUAAGAAAAAAAUACAAUGAGGAAGCAGUUGAUAAGGUCCAUUGUUUCCUGGAGUACAAGUACAUUUAAAUAGCACAGAUCUUCCAAAUAAUACCUAUGACUGAAAGGCAUAGAAAAACAGAAAACAUUCAAACAUAGAGACAAUACAAAAAUAGCUACAGAAAAAGAGACACUGUACAAACAUAGACACCAUACAAUAUAGACACCGAACAAAUAUAGACACCAUACAAACAAAGGCACCAUACACACAUAGACACCAUGCAAACAUAGACACAUACAAACAUAGACACCAUGCAAACAUAGACACCAUACAAACAUAGACACCAUAUAAACAUAGGGACCGUACUAACAUAGGCACCAUACAAACAAAGACAUCAUGCAAACAUAGACACCAUACAAAAAAGAAAACAUACAAACAUAGCAACCAUACAAACAUUGACACCAUUCAAACAUAAACACCAUGCAAAAAUAGACACCAUGUAAACAUAGACAACAUGCAAGAUAGACGCAAUGCAAACAUAGACACCAUACAAACAUAGACACCAUGGAAUCAUAGACGCAGUACAAACAUCGGCAAAGUACAAACAUAGACGCAGUACAAACAUAGACGAAUUGCAAACAUAGACACCGUACAAAAAAGGAGCAUCACAAACAUAGACGCAGUACAAACAUAGAGGCAGUACAAAUAUAGAAUCAAUACAAUUGUGAGGAACAUUCAAACAAUGCCAUUCUAAUACCCACAACAUGUUUGUACCAACAGAGUCAUAUUCACAAAUGGCAAGUGACAAUAUUGCAGCAUUAUUAUACUGGACAGAACCAGACAAAAUUAGUGUUGGUGGCAUGCAUGAACUCCCCAACCACUAGAGUUGCUGGACAAAACAUGCAUCCAAGUAACGCACUUUAUAAGAAUCUCAAUUAGUGCUAACUUUGGGGAAUUUUAUUUUGCGCGCCAACUGAACACAGCGUUGCAGCCAUACUUACAUAGCUAGACAAUUACUGUUUGUGAUAUCCAUUCUUGUGUACCGGAUGUGUCAAUCUUCUAAGGAUAAAUUCAAACUAACAUAAUCCUUAUUUGCAUCCAUCAGCUGCUAUCUGGCAUCUACCAGCAGCUAUCGCACAUCUAUCAACUAGCAUGAAGAUUUUUACCAAUUGUCCUUGUAUCGUUGCAAAUGUUCCUCAUAGUGUUGUCAAUUUUCCUUAUAUUGUUAUCAAUGUUCCUUAUAUUAUUGCCAAUGUUCCUUAUAUUUAUGUCAAUUAUCCUUUAAUUGUUGCAAAUGUUUCUUAUAUUGUUGUCAAUGUUUCUUAUAUAAUUGGUAAUGUUCCUUAUAUUGUUGCCAGUGCCUCCUAUAAGGUUGCUAGGGGUCCCUUACAUUGUUGUCAAUCUUCCUUAUGUUUAUGACAAUGUUCCUUAUAGUGUUGCUACUGUUUCGAAGAGUGCUACCAGUGCCCCCUACAUUGUUACUUAUGCCCCCUACAUUGUUACUUAUGCCCCCUACAUUGUUGACAAAUGUUCCUUUUAUCGAUGACAACGUUUUCUGAUAUCUUCGCUGAUGUUCCCCACAGGUUCCCUGGGCACCGAGGGCCGCACGUGCAACAAGUCUUCCUUGGGGACGGACGGCUGUGACAUCAUGUGCUGUGGGCGGGGCUACCACACGCGCGUGGUCAAGCAGCAGUACAAGUGCGAGUGCAAGUUCCACUGGUGCUGCUACGUCCAGUGCAAAGACUGUCAGCAGUGGGUGGAGCUGCACGCCUGCAAAGGGCUGGAACCACUGGUUGAGGCGGACUCCUGAUAAUGUCUGCUGGCGAUGUCUUGUGGAAAGGAGGUGUGAAGAGUCUGUAAGACUUUUAAAAAAACGUUGAUUGGAAAAAAAUGAUACGGGAUUUUAUUUUCCUGUUUCUCAGUGGUGCAUUGAACUCCUAACGAUGUAAUGUAAGUGUCGCAAUGAAAUGUAUACGUCACAAUGAAAUGCAUACGUCACAAUGAAAUGUAUAAGUCACAAUGAAAUGUAUACAUCACAAUGAAAUGUGUACGUCACAAUGAAAUGUAUACGUCACAAUGAAAUUUAUACGUCACAAUGAAAUGUAUACGUCAAAAUGAAAUGUAUACGUCACAAUGAAAUGUAUACGUCACAAUGAAAUGUGUACGUCACAAUGAAAUGUAUAUGUCACAAUGAAAUGUAUACCUUACACUGAAAUGUAUACGUCACAAUGAAAUUGUAUACUUUACACUGAAAUGUAUACUUUACACUGAAAUGUAUACUUUAAAAUGAAAUGUAUACGUCACAAUGAAAUGUAUACGUCACAAUGAAAUGUAUACGUCACAAUGACAUAUUUUCGUAACUUUGAUGAAAAAUAUUUGUAACAUGCGAUUUUUUUUAUUCAUCCUUCAGUUUUAUUUAUGAACACAAUGUUUUCACGCUCACUGUGGCAUCAUUGCGACGGAGUGGGACUCCUCGACCGCGUUGUUUAUCGACUUCUGUAAUGCUAAUACCUCAUUGAUGAAUAUCAGUCUGGUCUUUCACUGAGACUACCAAUGCUUAAUUUAACUUCUUUGAUCAUCACUAACCAUGCCUUCCUGCUGACCGUGCCUUCCUGCUGACCGUGCCUUCCUGCUGACCGUGCCUUCCUGCUGAUCGUGCCUUCCUGCUGACGUGCCUCCCUGCUGACCGUGCCUUCCUGUUGACCGUGCCUUCCUUCUGACCGUGCC